AUGGGUCUGUCAGUGGAUAGCGGCGGCGACUCGGCUCCCCAAACCACCCACAAGGUGUUCCUCCUAACCAACUACGCCCUCAUCGGCGCCGCCUCAAGCUGCGCCUUCCUCACCCUCUCCCUCCGCCUCAUCCCCUCCCUCCCCGGCGCCCUCCUCGUCCUCCUCCACGCCAUCACCAUCGCCGGAGCCGUGUUCGGCUGCGCCGCGGCCUCUCGCGGUGGUGGAUCCAGGUUGUACGGUGCCCACAUGGUGGCCACCGUCCUCACGGCCAUCUUCCAGGGAUCCGUUUCCGUACUCAUCUUCACCGGGCCCUCGGACUUCCUGGGCCACCUCAAGUCGUACGUCCGGGAGGAUGACGCGGUCGUCAUACUGAAGCUCGCCGGCGGGCUGUGCGCGGCGAUCUUCUGCCUGGAGUGGGCGGUGCUGACGCUAGCCUUCUUCUUGAAUUAUUAUGCCUACGUGGAGAGGAGGGGCGAUUUCUCGCGGUCAGCGCGACCUUGUGACCAGUCGUGUCCUUCAAGUCAGCAUCCUCGUCAGUCCGACACGAUCACCAUAGGACUUUCAUGGAGAGUCGGGCUCUCACCAACCAUGUCACUGGUCGAGCUGGAAGGACCACCUACCUUGAGCUUGUUGAACUACGAGGCACCGUUGGUCGCGCAUCGUGUAGCUGGGGAGGGGCUGCGUGCGCGCGGAUGUCGUGCGAUGUGCUCGGCUGGUCGAGGAUCGUGCGCAGUAGCGGUGCGCGGCGUGUGA